AUUGUAAAUCGAUUAGUUGUAUACAUCGUUUGUUAUGUAAAUAUAAGCGUAUAUUCGUAUUACAUACAAAUGUAUAUAUAUAUCAAGUAAUGAUACAUGUUGUGAACUAUAGAUACGGAGCGGUCACGAUGUGAGACACGACCUUGGAGCAGGCCAAGAGCCAAAGGUAUGUGUUGCGUGCGAUUGUGGUACGAUUUAUUUAACACUUGAUUUUAUUUUUAACUGCUACUUUAUAUAGUUAGUGGCUUUUCACAUGCUGUUAUCUAAUAACCAACAUGCUACAAAAAUGCUAUUUAAAAGAUAACAUGGACAUAAACCAGUUGAUUUAGAGUACCACAAAUAUGCACAAGGACCAAACAAAGUUUCAAAUCAAUGGAGAUAAUGGUAAAUUGUUGAAGAAUCCAGAUAGCAAAAAAGACAUCAAUGAUCAUGUAGAUGAAGACGAUGCAAGCAGAGAUAAGUCUGUUGAACAGCAAGGACUUCCCGUGGAUAGGGGUUGGGCAUGGGUGGUAGUUGUAGCGGCUUGGUGCAAUUUUAUUCUAACAAUCGGAAGUUAUAAAGCAUUUGGCAUGCUGUUUAUAGAAAUUCAGGACAGAUAUGGCUCAAGUUCCUCCAUGACGUCUUUGAUUGCCAGCGUUUUAAACGGUACUUACAGUGUCACUGCAUUACUUGUGACUACAAUAGGUUUGCAAUACUUCAGCAGUAGGCAAUUUAUUGUUCUAGGCGGCAUUAUAAUGACAUCAGCUUAUGUAUUGUCAGCAUUUGCACCAUCGGUGGAAAUACUAAUAUUACUUCUAGGUUGUGUGAGCGGUAUAGCUCAUGGAAUGAUAACAGCACCAACUAUGGCACUAAUCAGUCAAUAUUUUGAGAAGUACCGAAGUCUUGCGAACUGUAUUGCUACCACUGGUGGGAGCGUCGGAUCUCUUUUGUUUUCAGUUCUAAUUCCCUACUUGAUCGACGAGUAUGCAUUUUCUGGAACUGUCAUGCUACUAGCCGGUAUUAUGCUUCAUUUGACAGUUUCAGGAAUGCUGAUGCGACCAAUAACAUUCUAUUCUAAGCACGUCGAUAAAAUUGGCAAAACGCUCGAAAAUGGAGGAAUGCAAGAUGUUACGAUAAAUGGUAAAGUGAAAACAAAUGGAUCACUGAAAAAUUCCUCAAUUGUAGAUCGUUUUAGCAAAUCUCCAGAUGUAUCGAUAACAAGAAGCCAUUUGGACUUACGAAAUGGCCAUAGUUCCAAAGGUGCUAAUUCGCCGUUAAUUGACGCAAAACUUUCUCCAUUUUCAAUGCGUAAAGCUGCAGCACGAAAUCGAAGGAAACGUACCAUAUCAGAACUAAGUAGAGCAAGUAUUUCACACAGAAUGGAGAAUGCUAUUUCAGCAUUGAACAAUUCUAGCAUAGGACGUUAUGCUAGCACUGAGCUUUCUUUCUCUUCAAUGUUAGAUCUGACUACAAACGUACAACAAAAGAAUGCUGACUAUGAAACUAAAGAUCAACAAUCGUGUAUAUGCUGUCAAAAGGGAUGUUCCAAAUUUGGAUCUAUUAUUGAUUGUAAGGCCUUAAAAAGUAUUCCAUUUCUUUUCUUUAUUCCUUGCGGAUGUUUGAUCAUAAUGAUUUCCGCUGUUGGGAUUUAUCUACCAGCGUUUGCCAAAGACUUAGGUGUGUCGUCUAAAAAGUGCGGACUUCUGAUAACUAUUAUAAGUAUAGUUGAUAUAUGUGCAUGCAUUAUGUGGGGAGUGCUUGCUGACAGACAAUACAUACGAAGGCAUAAAAUCCUAUCACUUGCAGUUGUGUGUAUGGGUAUUGCCACGAGUUUUUCUCCUCUUUUUACAGUAUACACGUCAUUUGUGGUCUAUAGUGUUAUUUAUGGAAUAUUCGGACGAGUAUAUUUCAGUUUGUAUCCUGUUAUUCUUGUCGAUUUUAAUGGCCUCGAAAAUUUACGCAGUGCUCUUGGCGUUUUCGGUCUUGCUCAGACUGGAACAUCAGCUGCUUUACAACCAAUCAUAGGUAUGAUGCGUGAUAAACUUGGAUCUUACGUGCCCGGGAUGUUGCUUAUAUCAGCUCUGAUAACUAUUGGCGGACUCUGGGUCCUCACACUUCCAUUCGCAGAAAGAUUAGAAAAGCGGAAGAAGGGGCAACUGAAGCAAAAUAAGGAAAUAGUAGUACCAUAACUUGUCCAAAACAAGUGCUAACCGCGUGCUGCCGUGCCAAUAAAAGCGAAAAAGGCGUAUUUCAUAGUUAUGUGGAAAUUACAGAUUAAAUUGAGAAAAUCCCUAAUGAACUUCCAAAACAACAAAAUUGAAAAUGUUGCAGACUCGAUUUGACUGAGUCAGUACAUGGACGGUAUUGGAAAGUGCUAGCUACCGUUCACGCCCGGUUUAAGCAGAAUUCAACAUGGCGAAAUUUUGAAUUUCGAAACAUCCGCAGAUUCAAACUUGAUU